UUUGCCUCUCUUUCUCUCCCCAAGCCAGAGAACCUAAAGAAGAGAGCUCUAUCUUGCAUGAGACUGAGAGACCCCAAAAGGAGAGAGAGAUUGAGAGGGGCCUUCAAAAACCCUAACUUUCGUUAAUUUUAAAUGAAACCCAGAUCCAAUUCCGAGCUCUAGAAUCCCUAAUUAAAAUCAAAAUUUAAACUUUUUGGGAAUUUUUUUCCUGGUUUUCAAUGGCUGGGUUAGGGCAACAAACGGUUGAGUUCUCGAGUUUAGUGAGUAGAACUGCCGAGGAAUCGUUUAUGUCAUUGAAAGAACUCGUGGAUAAAUCUAAAUCAAGCGACCAAUCGGAUACGGAGAAGAAGAUUAAUCUCCUUAAGUAUAUAGUCAAGACCCAGCAACGGAUGCUUAGGCUCAAUGUUCUGGCUAAGUGGUGUCAGCAGGUUCCACUGAUACAGUAUUGCCAGCAAUUGGCAUCUACUUUAUCAAGUCACGAUACAUGUUUCACCCAGGCUGCAGACUCAUUAUUCUUCAUGCACGAGGGGCUACAGCAAGCUCGUGCCCCUGUGUAUGAUGUUCCAUCUGCUGUUGAUGUCCUACUCACAGGAUCAUAUGAGCGUUUACCAAAAUGUAUAGAAGAUGUGGGUAUGCAAAACUCAUUAACUGAAGAUCAGCAGAAACCAGCUUUGAAAAAGCUGGACACACUUGUACGUUCUAAAUUACUUGAAGAUUUGUUGCCCAAGGAAAUUUCUGAAGUGAAAGUUUCCAGUGGUACAGCUCUGAUUUGUGUAGAUGGAGAAUUUAAGGUGUUAGUUACUCUUGGUUAUCGAGGAAAUCUAUCAAUGUGGAGGAUUUUGCAUUUAGAGUUACUUGUUGGUGAGAGAAGUGGGCUUGUGAAACUAGAGGAGAUGAGAAGGCAUGCUCUUGGAGAUGACUUAGAACGCAGAAUGUCUGCAGCAGAGAAUCCAUUCGUUCCCUUAUACUCAGUUCUGCAUGAGCUCUGUGUUGCACUUGUUAUGGACACUGUUAUAAGGCAAGUACAGGCACUUCGGCAAGGGAGAUGGAAAGAUGCUAUUCGCUUUGAGAUGAUAUCUGAUGGAGGAAGUGGUGGUUCCUCACAGCUGAAUCAAGAUAAUGAAUCUGAUUCAGCAAGUCUACGAACUCCAGGAUUAAAACUUGUCUAUUGGCUAGAUUUUGAUAAAAACUCAGGUGCUUCAGACUUAGGAUCUUGCCCAUAUAUAAAAAUUGAACCUGGACCAGACCUGCAGAUUAAAUGUCAGCAUAGCACAUUUGUUAUAGACCCAUUAACUGGCAAGGAGGCAGGGUUCUCCCUUGACCAAAGUUGCAUUGAUGUUGAAAAGCUGCUAUUAAGAGCUAUAACAUGCAAUAUAUAUACUCGUCUGCUGGAAAUUCAGAAAGAGCUGGUGAAAAAUGUGCAGAUUUGCCUAGCUGCUAGUGAUGUUGUUCUCCACUCGCAGGCUGAUGAAUCUGAUAGUGAACAUAAAAAGAAGGAUGCUAAGCUUGAUAAUAAGGAAUAUGAGGGGCAGGAAGUAUUGCGUGUCCGUGCUUAUGGUUCAUCAUUUUUCACCCUUGGAAUAAACAUAAGGAAUGGCCGCUUUCUUCUCCAGUCAUCCCAAAAUAUUCUUGCACCUUCAGCAUUAUUAGAUUGUGAAGAAGCUUUAAAUCAAGGAACUGUGGCAGCAGCUGAUGUUUUUGCAAGCUUGCGAAGCAAAAGUAUAUUACAUCUAUUUGCUGCUAUUGGCAGAUUCUUAGGCCUUGAAGUCUAUGAACAUGGUUUUGCUGCAGUGAAAGUGCCCAAAAAACUUGUGAAUGGUUCUGAUGUAUUGGUAAUGGGGUUUCCAGACUGUGAGAGCUCUUAUUUCCUCUUGAUGGAACUUGAUAAGGAUUUCAAGCCUCUGUUUACACUGCUAGAGACUCAGCCAUAUCAGUCGGGGAAGGGUCAUUCAUUUAUUGACUUAAGUAACGUGUUGCGCAUCAAGAAAAUUGACAUUAGCCAGAUGCAGAUUCUUGAAGACGAAACAAAUUUGAGCAGACUUGACUGGGGUAAAUUGCUUUUGUUUUUGCCUAAUGUUGGGGGUCCUAAUCAGACCUCUGAACAUGACCUAUUCAACCUUGAUGGUUCCAUGCAGAUUACUGGGGGUCCUUCAUCAAGCUUUUCAUCUAUUGUCGAUGAAGUUUUUGAAAUUGAAAAGGGGACAUCUGCAACUCCUUUGCCUACUCAGAAUUUUUCUUCAUUCAGUUCAUCUCCUGCUUCUCAUCUUACUUCUAUGCCAAUGAAUCUUCAUAGUGUAAAAGCCGGAACACCCUCUCCAAAGUGGGAAGUGGGUUUGCAGGUCUCACAGCAUAAUAAUGUUGCAAAAGUAUCAAGUCCAGCUACUCAUUAUGGUGGUUUAUUGUAUCCAUCAAGUGGUCCUAAGGGCUCUCUUCAGUCUUCUUCUUUUGGUUCAUUAUCUUCUGGCACAGGAAGAAGCACAUCUGCGAAGAAGCUACCUGCUUCAAAAUCUGAGCAGGAUCUGGCUUCUGUUAGAUCUUCUCAUUCAGUUGAGAUUGGAGCAUUGGAUGAAGAUCACUUGAGAUUGCUAAGUAGUACUUCAAAGGAUGCACUGUCACCAAGUCGGUCAUCUCGACUAUUAUCUCCACCCAGACCAACUCUUCCUCGAGUCUCUGCACAAAGUGCAAAGUCUAAUGGACCUAGAAGCUCAUCCUCUGGAAAUCUAACUACAGCUGUUAGGUUUGCUGGAUCUAGUCUUUUGGCUUCACCUCCCGUAUCCCAAGCAGCAGAAAGUACAAUUUGUCAUGCCACUUCUUGUGAUGUUUCCAAACAUGGCAAAAAUCCACGAAAGCGUACAGUUUCAACUAUUCUGAGUUUGAUUCCCUCUCUCCAACGUAUAGAGGCCGGUGCUGGAUUUUCUAAGCGAAGGAAAGCCUCUGAUGUGGCGCACACUCAGCAGCCUUCAUCUCAGGUGCUUAUAGCUUCAGAAAUGAUCUCAAAAACUGAAGCAUACAGUUAUGGGAAUCUUAUAGCUGAAGCAAAUAAGGGAAAUGCAGUUUCUAGCAUCUAUGUUUCUGCUCUUCUCCAUGUGGUCAGGCAUUCUUCACUUUGUAUUAAACAUGCCAGACUCACUAGCCAGAUGGAGGAACUGGAUAUUCCCUAUGUUGAAGAAGUGGAUCUAAGAAAUGCAUCCUCAAACAUAUGGUUCCUACUUCCAUCUUCUCGAGGUGAUUCAUGGCGACAUUUAUGCUUGCGACUUGGGAGGCUUGGAAGCAUGUGUUGGGAUGUUAAAAUAAAUGACCAACACUUCAGAGAUUUAUGGGAACUUCAGAAGGGAAGUAGUAGUACACCUUGGGGCUCUGGUGUACGUAUAGCUAAUACAUCUGAUAUAGAUUCUCAUAUUCGUUAUGAUUCAGAUGGUGUUGUUCUGAGUUAUAAAUCUGUUGAGGCAGAUAGUAUUAAAAUGUUGGUGGCAGAUAUACGAAGGCUCUCUAAUGCUAGAAUGUUUGCCCUUGGAAUGCGAAAAUUGCUUGGGGUUAGAGCAGAUGACAAACCUGAAGAAAGCAGUGCGAACUCUGAUGUUAAGGCAUCAACUGGAAGCAAAGGUGCUGUUGAGGCUGCUGAUAAGUUAUCAGAACAGAUGAGGAGGUCUUUCAGAAUUGAGGCAGUAGGGUUAUUGAGUUUGUGGUUUUCCUUUGGAUCAGGUGUCUUAGCUCGCUUCGUUGUGGAGUGGAAAUCAGGUAAAGAAGGUUGCACAAUGCAUGUGUCUCCUGACCAACUUUGGCCUCAUACCAAGUUUUUGGAAGAUUUCAUAGACGGAGCUGAAGUUGCAUCCCUAUUGGACUGCAUUCGGCUCACUGCAGGACCUUUGCAUGCUCUUGCUGCUGCAACUCGGCCUGCUCGAGCUAGUCCUGCUCCAGGAGUUCCUGGGGCAUCUGCAGCUAUUUCUUCUGUGCCAAAACAGUCAGGAUUCAUGCCAUUACAGGGACUUCCAACUACAAAUGGUAAUCAGGCUGCUUCUGUUCCAGCAGGAAAUCCUGCUGCAUCUACUUCUGCAAGCUCUCUAGUGAAUCAUGGCCUCCAUGGGGCUGCAAUGUUAGCAUCCGCAGGGAGAGGUGGCCCUGGCAUUGUCCCCAGCUCACUGUUGCCCAUUGAUGUUUCUGUUGUAUUACGUGGUCCAUAUUGGAUACGAAUAAUAUAUCGCAAGCGUUUUGCAGUUGACAUGCGAUGUUUUGCUGGAGAUCAGGUUUGGCUGCAACCAGCAACACCACCGAGGGGGGGGUCGUCUGUUGGAGGGUCCUUACCAUGUCCACAGUUCAGGCCUUUCAUCAUGGAGCAUGUUGCCCAGGAAUUAAAUGGAUUAGAUUCUGGUUUCACUGGUGGUCAACAAACAGUUGGCCUGGCAAACUCAAGCAAUCCGAACUCAAAUUCAGGUCCACAGUUAUCAUCAAAUGGAAAUAGAGUUAACCUUCCUAAUUCCACUGCGAUGUCUAGGGCAGCAAAUCAGCUAGCUGGUUUAAACCGUAUGGGACAUGCUUUUCCAGGACCACCAAAUUUGGCAGUUGUGAGUUCGGGAUUGCCACUACGGCGAUCGUCUGGUAGUGGUGUUCCUGCACAUCUAAGGGGGGAACUGAAUACAGCCAUUAUUGGUCUUGGUGAUGAUGGAGGAUAUGGAGGUGGAUGGGUUCCUGUUGUUGCUCUUAAGAAGGUUCUUAGGGGUAUUCUUAAGUACCUUGGUGUUCUAUGGUUAUUUGCCCAGUUACCUGAUCUUUUGAAAGAGAUCCUGGGACCAAUCUUGAAGGACAAUGAAGGUGCAUUGAACUUGGAUCAGGAACAGCUUGCCUUGCGUUUCUUUGUGGGAGGCUAUGUGUUUGCCAUAAGUGUCCACAGAGUUCAACUACUUCUUCAGGUUCUUAGUGUGAAGCGCUUCCAUCAUCAGCAGCAGCAACAACAGCAACAAAACAAUGCUAAUGCUCAAGAGGAAUUAACUCAAUCUGAAAUAAGCGAGAUAUGUGACUACUUCAGUCGCCGUGUUGCAUCAGAACCCUAUGAUGCCUCACGUGUUGCAUCAUUUAUUACUCUUCUCACAUUACCGAUAGCCGUUUUAAGAGAAUUCCUGAAAUUAAUAGCAUGGAAAAAAGGAUUAGCCCAGACACAAGGUGGAGAUAUAGCAACUGCACAGAAACCCCGAAUCGAGUUAUGUCUUGAAAAUCAUACUGGGGUAAAUGUUGAUGAUAGUUCUGAAAGUUUAUCUACAACAAAAAGCAAUAUCCACUAUGAUCGACCUCAUAACUCUGUCAAUUUUGCACUGACCGUUGUACUUGAUCCUGCCCAUAUGCCUCAUAUAAACACUGCUGGUGGUGCUGCUUGGCUGCCCUACUGUGUGUCGGUAAGAUUAAGAUAUUCAUUUGGUGAAAGCCUUAAUGUGUCCUUUCUGGCCAUGGAAGGAAGCCAUGGAGGUCGUGCAUGCUGGUUCCAUCUAGAUGACUGGGAGAAAUGCAAGCAGAGGGUGGCUCGAACAGUAGAGCUUAAUGGAUGUUCACCAGGUGAUGCCAUUCAAGGAAGGUUAAGAACAGUAGCAGAACAUGUACAAAGAGCUCUCAUCUGUGCCUUCAAGGAUUGAGAGAUGGUGGUAAAGACGGAUUUACAAUAAAAUCCAUCGACUUUUUUCAUAGUAUCAUGUAACUACAUGUAUAAGAGAAGUUUUAAUUCUCUCUUCUGAUUUGAUUAGCAUUUCACUGUAAAUUUGAUUAGUGUUAAUAUUAGUGUAAAUUUGGUAGUAUCAUGUUUUGCCGUAGUUACUGGUUUUAGCAAUCCUUAGCUAGUAGCCAAAUAGAUAUUUCUUGAGAAUUAAAAGGCACAUUUUCUAAAAGCAUAGAAGUAAAGCAGUUUUUCUUUUAACAAUUAUUAAGAUUCUGACUUGAAGAUGCUACCUCUCCUAUCCUUCACAAAAUGUCCAAAAAUUUCACUCAUUGUGUAUUGAAAGUCCAAUUGAUUUGUUUCCUUGUCCAAUCAUACAUGGUUUGGUAAUGUAAUGGUCUUCAAUAAAAUCAAAGCUAAUGUUCAAAAAAUAUAACACUCACUAUUAGAGGAACCCUAAUUAUCAUGAACUCAGAAACCAAAAUUCUAGAUAAAAGAAAAGGGUCAUUAGCUUCCCUCAGUAUAUGCAUAAAACAAACGAGAAAAACACGGCCCUUUUGCUUCUUUCUCUCUCCAAUAACUCAUCCAUUAAAUAAUCAUUCACCAAAAUUCAAAAAGGGAAACAAACUCACCUUAUUAAAAAUGUUAGCAAUAAAUUUUCUAUACAAAAAACUUAGAAUACCCCAUUCCAUUUCAGGGCCAGAGAUUUAACUUGUUGAAAACAAGAUACUUCCAACAAAACUUUAUAAAAUAAAAGUCCAUUAUAAUUCCAACUUGCAUUAAAAUUUUCUUCAAAUACAUC